AUGGUGGCGGUCUCUAAAACACUUGUGCUGUUUCUGCUGGACUCUGCAUGCUUCGGGCGGACCAUGAACGCGCUGGACGCGCACAGGCAGGGCGAUCAGCACAAGCACAAGCACAGGCAGAAGCACGGGCAUAAGCACGGGCACGGCGAGCCGGACGAAGAGUCAGGAUCAGGGCCCAUAGUGAACCUCUCUCCGGAGCAGCGCCAGCAGAAACACCAGGAGGAGUUCGAGAAGGAGUUCGAGGUCAAAAUCGGGAUGCUUCACGCGCACAACACUGGCCUCAGGCUGGGCGUGGUGCUCGACUCGCUCAACGACUGGGAGCCCCCAGAGGUCAUAUCGUUUCGCAAGCCGAGCCUCAUCGAGGAGUGGAACAAGGCGAACCCAGACAAGGCCGUUCACCUUCACGACCGGAUCGUGAGGGUCAACAACAUAUCGCGGGGGUCGGUGGACUCUUCCACCACAACGCGGAGACCUUCAUCGAGCGCAUCGUGGGGCAGUUCCAGGCGGGCCGCAAGCUGA